AUGUCGGAAAAUCGAUCCUAUGCCUUGUCAAUUUCACCAAACCAACAUUUAUUUGCCUUGCCAUUCUUACCAUCAGAUAAAAUUCCUGAUGCUUUUGAUGCCCAAUCUGUGGCAUACAUUUAUAUAUCCACAACUGUGGUCAGUAGAGCUGGGUAUUCCACGGACACAAAAUUCCGUGGAAGCCUGGCAUAA